AAUACGACAUUUAUUUACAGAUCUCCCAGGAAUUUUUUUAAACUUCAGUGAAUACAUAUUUAUUUUUCAUCUGUUAUAAAUAAAUUUUUUAUUGGCUAAACCUGGACCAAACAAAAGUCACAUCAACAUCACAAUGCCUAACUGACAUGGCGGAAGGUUGCGAAGAGGCUGAAAGCAACAGUAACAAUCGUAACGCCGAUAACGCCCCAACAAUGCUUGGUACCGUUUUGCCAUGUGAGGCUGCCAUUACUGCCUCAUUGGGGGUAUCCGGUGGUGGUGUAAUGAAACGCGAAUUUGUUGAUGCGGCCAGCAGUAUAUUAGGCAGCAGCUUAGCAGCUGCUGCACAUCUUACCGCUAGCGUUAGUUUAGCGAGUCCUACGUCAUCAAUGGCUUCACCUACUACACUAUCAAAUACUACAAUUACUCCUUCAACAACAGCACCAAUAGCAGCAACCUCAAUAACACAACAGCAACAACAUCAGCAGCGUCUCACGCCGACACCAAAAACAUCUGCAGCACUUGGUCCCCUCGUUUGUUCUACAACUCUAUCUUCUUUGUCGUCAUCUUCGUCGUCCUCGUCGUCAUCGUCAGCCUCCUCGAAUUCAUCUACAUCUUCAUCUUUAUCAUCAUUGAAUUCUUCGACGACAGCUUCAUCGUCGACCACUGCUGCCAUCGCCACGAAUUCAAAUACAAACAAAUCGCCAUCUGUUUCACCAUAUUCAAGUGUGGUGGCGGUCGCCUCGCUGCGUGGUAUCUCACCGCAUUCGCCAACUGUUUUGACUUCAAUGGGCCCAAGUCCACCAAUCGGCCACAAUAGCAAUGGUAGUUGCGGUUCCGUUUCCGCUAAUGUAACAACAACAACGCCAGCUGUGCCAAGCAAUUGUAAUUCACAAUCGCCCGUUCACGUAACACUGAAUAUUAAAACUGAAGCGGAUUAUGAUAAAGAAAUACCUCCACACAAAAUUCAUUCGCCUAUACUUAGCACGAACGAUUUGAAUUCGAAUUAUUCGUCACCUCCGCCACUAAGCGAUAAAGAUUGUAUUAAAGAAUUGGAAUUUUAUAAGAAUCUAGCCAAAGCGGCCUCUCUGGCUUCAACACAUCACAGUAAUAAUAAUAACAAUCAUAACAACAAUAAUAUUAUUAUCAAUAAUGCGAAUUCACCGCAAUCGAUACACGAUCAUCAUCAGCAUUACCAUCAACUUAGUACCGAUGCACAAGAAUCACCUAUCUCUUCGCCGCAACAUAUGCACAUCGAUACUGAACAUGCCGAAGAUGAGGAUCAUAAAUGUCAGAUUAUUGACGAUCAUGAUCAUGAUAUGACCGAUGGUAGCAGCGCAGUCGAACGUGAACAGCGAGAUCAGGCGAAGGCGUCCGCGUUAGCAGCUGCGGCAGCGGCCGCUCAAGCUCAUCUAAAUGGAACUAUGCAAGAAAUGUUAAAUUUACAAAAAUUACAAAACCUCAGCACAUUUCAAUCCGAACAAAGUAUAGGCAGCAAUGCUGCCACAGCAGCAGCACUGGCAAGUCUGCAGGGAUUGGCGGCCGGUUUAACGGCCAGUGCGGCAGCAGCUGCUUUAAACUCUCCCCUUAAUCUUACUGUAACUAAUGCAGGCACUUGUAAUACACCCACCUCGAUAGCCUCUGAUUUAUUAAAUGCUACUCAUAAAGCGAUGAAUCAUGUUGCGGGUACUGGCACUGCAAAUGGAGCUGGAGCAGCUGGUGGCGAAACUCAACAUCACACGGGCUCAACCUCACCGAGUUCUACACAUAUUAAUAGUGGUACGACGCAGGCAACUGCUACCGCUCAAAAUACAUUGGCCAGCGUAUUGAAUAGCGCGGCUGCAGCAGCUGCGGCGGCCGGAGCUGCGGCCACUGCUUCUCCUCCGCCACAAUUACAAGCACCACCGGCUAGUGCUCAGAUGCCACAACUUAUUUUGGCUUCAGGUCAAUUAGUUCAAGGUGUGCAAGGUGCUCAGCUAUUAAUACCAACUGCACAAGGCAUUGCUGUACAGACGAUAUUGACGAUACCAGUAAGUCCUCAGAUCAAUACAAACGAACAGUUUUUGUCAAAUUUUGGAGCUUUUGCGGGUUUCCCAACUGCACAGCCACAGCCUGCGGCUGCAGCGUCACUGUUAGGGGGUACGUCCCAGUUGUCAGCACCGCUGGCCGCACUUCAUCAGCCACCGCCACCGCCAAGCCUGCCGCAACUUGCCCCAGCCCCUACGAAUUUACUGAAACCUAACCUCUUUUCAAGUGGUGUGCAACAGUUACUGGCAGCCCUGCAUCCUGAAUUAUUUGCGGCGGCUGCAGUAAAUCACCACCAUCAUCAGCAACACCAACAGCAGCAGCAACAGCAACAACAUCAGCAUGUUCAACAAAUGGCAGCAGCCGCAGUCCAUCACCACGAAAUGCAUUUAAGAGCCUCCACGAACGAAAGAUCCCCGCCUUCUUCACCCACAAAUAGUACAAAAGCGGCUGCGGCGGCCGCAGCAGCUGCUGCCGCGUUUCAUUUACAAACUCAACUGCAUAUUAAACCCGAAAGCCAAACGCAUUUGCAUUCCCACCACGCGGCCGCGGCGGCAGCAGCUUUACAUCAUCAUACGCAAGCCUUAAGGCACGCUGAAGGUCUAACCUCACCAAAAUUAGAAUGUAAACCGACAGCACAUCUGCACGGUAGCGGUGUGGCAACCAAUGAAAAUUCAACGACAUGUUCACCUCCUCUGAGUAGGCAUCAAUUUGGUUCACAUCAUCGUUUAACAUCAGCAGCUUCAUCACCGCGUCCUUCAUCGCGUUCUUCCAAUAGUAUGACCUUAAGAGAAAGGGAGUCUCGUGAUCACCAAGCGAUUAAGAUGAGUCCCUCACGCAGCAGCAAUGCUGGUAUGAAUUUAAGUCAAAUGGCCACUAAUGAAAGAGAGAAAGAGAGGGAACGUGAGCGGGAAAGAGAAAGAGAAAGGGAGGAGAGAAGAGAAAGGGAACGAGAUCGUGAACGAGAAAGGGGGAUGGAACGUAUAAGAGCUGCUUCACCGGCCACAUUAAAUGCCCGCGGUGCAGCGUUAAGUAACAGCACUAAUAGCCAUUUAAAUACCAGCCAUUCAAGCACUUGCGCAACAAGCAACCAUUCAACAACCGUAACCAGCACAGUUGGAACGAAUUUAACCGGCAAUGACAGAGGGUUCUCUUCACCAGUGGGUGUAGCCACUUCUUCGAGCAGUGGGCCGAUGUUUCGUAGUCACUCGCCCCAUCUCGGACAUCACAUACCACCGCCUCAUUCUAUACUGGAUUCGCCACAUGAACGCGAUUUUCUGGGGAAUGGUUUAAUGGUGGGCGGUCCGUCAGUCUCAGGAUCAUCGUCGAACACCGCAAAUGUACUUAAUAGUAUGAACAGACUUUCGUCAGCUAAUGGUGAAUUAACUAUAAGUAAAUCUCAUGGACCACCGACUGCAACAGCGACGAGAGCGUCUUCUUCUUCACCUACAUCACCUCCAGCGGGACCAAGCACGAGUUCAAGUUCGAAUCCGGCAACACUACAUCCACACCAUUCCCACCAUCCAAUGCACAGCUUAAAAUUAAGUCCAAGUGCAGCUAGUUCAAUGCAGCAACAACAACGCGAACGAGAAAGGGAACGAGGGGGGGGGGAGCGGGAGCGCUUGGGAGAACAGCCACCGCAAAUUUCGCCAAAUGGCACCGAAGGUUCAGCAGGAGCUCAUGAUCUUCUAAUGGAUUCACCGAACGAGCCCACCAUUAAUCAGGCCACUACUAAUGUGGUAGAUGGCAUUGAUUUGGAUGAGAUUAAGGAAUUUGCUAAAGCUUUCAAAUUGCGUCGUUUAUCGUUAGGUCUCACCCAGACUCAAGUGGGUCAGGCUUUAUCUGUGACCGAGGGUCCUGCCUAUAGUCAAAGUGCCAUAUGCAGUGCACUUGCCGCACAGAUGUAUGCUGCUCAGCUAUCGACACAACAACAAAACAUGUUUGAAAAACUCGACAUAACACCUAAAAGUGCUCAAAAGAUUAAACCUGUUCUGGAACGCUGGAUGAAGGAGGCAGAAGAGAGCCAUUGGAAUCGCUUUAAAUCAGGACAAAAUCAUUUAACCGAUUAUAUUGGUGUCGAGCCUUCCAAAAAGCGUAAACGUCGCACUUCGUUUACGCCACAAGCUUUGGAAUUGCUUAACGCUCACUUUGAGCGUAAUACCCAUCCAUCGGGGACCGAAAUUACCGGUUUGGCUCAUCAAUUAGGUUACGAACGUGAAGUUAUACGCAUUUGGUUUUGUAAUAAGAGACAAGCUUUAAAAAAUACCGUUCGUAUGAUGUCCAAAGGCAUGGUGUAAAGUCAUAAAAUAAGAAUUUAAAAAAAAAAAAAAUUAAAAUCGUACAUAGGUGAAAAGAAUUAAAGGAAAAUGAAAAUGAAACUCAAGUAAAACAAUUGUCUUCGUGUACGGAAAUAUGUACUAAUUACAAAAUUGCGCACGGACAUGUAAAUCCACUUAAAAGGAUCAGUUUUAAAUAAAAAAAUUUUAUGUAAAGAGAGAUGAUAAGCUUUCACGUUGCCUUUCUCUGAAUGAAAACACAUUUAUGCAAACCUUUAAUACCUGUAAUGAUUUCAGAUUAUCACCCAGUAUGCUACGGGAUAACACAAUCCAUUUUGAAAGCGAUAUAGAGUAGAUUGAGUCUAGAUUUGACUUUCCAAAGUGAACAAAUGGAUGCGCAAACAUUAUUAAAUUGACUUAAAAACUCUCUUUACUGAAACUAUGGGAAACUUCUGACAAAUAUACUCGAGCGGCAUUCAUGGGUAUAUUCUCUCGCUGGUGUAAAGGGAAAGUGAAAAAUGUAGUCUUUUGUAAAAAACGAUAACGGGAGGAAAUUGUAAAUAAGUGUACAUUGUAUAUAGCAGAUUGUACAUGUACAUAAACUACAACAACUGAUACAAAUAAAUAUCUAAAAGAUUUAAUAUUGCUUGUAAAACUAAAUUUAGGUAAAAAAUAGUUUAUAGAUGUAAGCCAGUUAGGUCCUUAGACUUUAAGAAAUGUACAUACAAACAAUGAAAGUAUACAUGUGACUAAAUAUAUUGUAAGUGAAAAUUAAGAAAUACUUUUCUCUAAAGAAGAAAAAAAACAAUAGACCUUAAAGGGUGACUCAAUAAUAUGCAGACUAGUAUUAACACUUAAAAGAUUCAUUAUAAAAAUAUAUAGGAAAAGCAACAAUAGUAAUAGUAAAAGUCAACCAAGUAAGCCAUGUUAUUGUAAAAGAUGUGUCAUAGCAUUUGCGUUAUAGCAUAUCUGAUAUGAAUGAAAACCAGGACAUAAAGAAAUAUAUAUAUAAUAUGUAUGCUAAAUAAAAAUUGAAAGGAAAACAUUUACAAAAUACA